GAGAGCAAGGAGGAGACGAGAGGGAGGAAGGAGACGCUGCCACGGAGGAAGACGGGCUGCGGGGUCCCGGGGUGCGGGGCCGGGGUCGGGUAGGAAAAGGGGGAGAGCGAGGGAGCACGCACAGAGACGGGGGUGGAGGGCUGAGAGGGAGCGAGGAGGCUGCCGGGAGGAGAAAGGAGUGGGGGAGGGGCGGAGGGCGAGGAGACAGCUGAAUGGAGAGGGAGGAAGGGGUGGAAGGAGAGAGGGGUGAGAGAUAGGAGCGGAGGGGGAGGCAGGGGCUCCAGGUGCGGGAAGGAGGGGAGAGAGACAGUCGGCCCAGGGAGCAACCAUGGAGGGGACAGGUGGCGAGCUGGGGGCACAGGGGAGCUGGGGUCUAGAAGAUGCCCCAGGGCUCCUGGCCAGGGCCUCCCUGCCCGUCAUGCUCCCAUGGCCACUGCCCCUGGCUUCCUCGGCCUUCACCGUGCUCCUCGGAGCACUCACUUCCCUUUUCCUCUGGUACUGCUACCGCCUGGGUUCCCAAGACAUGCAGGCCCUGGGAGCCGGGAGCCGGGCUGGGGGUGUCAGGGGUCGGCCUGGGGGGUGCCCUGAGGCCGGCAGGCCAGGCCCCAGGAGCUCUGGGGAGACCGGGGAAGGAACCAGGACAGAGGGUCUCGUGAGCCGUCGGCUUCGGGCCUAUGCCCGGCGCUACUCCUGGGCUGGCAUGGGUAGGGUGAGGAGGGCUGCCCAGGGUGGCCCAGGCCCCGGGGGCGGGCCAGGGGUCCUGGGCAUUCAGCGCCCAGGCCUGCUUUUCCUACCAGACCUGCCUUCAGCACCCUUCGUGCCGCGGGACGCUCAGCGGCACGACGUGGAGCUCCUGGAGAGCAGCUUCCCUGCCAUUUUGCGUGACUUUGGGGCCGUGAGCUGGGACUUCUCAGGGACUGCCCCUCCGCCUCGGGGCUGGGCCCCACCCCUGGCCCCUGGGUGCUACCAGCUCCUGCUAUACCAAGCAGGCCGGUGCCAACCCAGCAACUGCCGCCGGUGCCCGGGGGCCUAUCGGGCACUGAGGGGCCUGCGGAGCUUCAUGAGUGCCAACACCUUCGGCAACGCUGGCUUUUCUGUCCUCCUGCCUGGGGCCCGACUCGAGGGCCGCUGCGGGCCCACCAAUGCUCGGGUCCGAUGCCAUCUGGGCCUGAAGAUCCCCCCUGGUUGUGAGCUGGUGGUCGGGGGCGAGCCCCAGUGCUGGGCUGAGGGGCAUUGCCUACUGGUGGACGACUCCUUCCUGCACACAGUGGCCCAUAACGGCUCCCCCGAAGAUGGGCCUCGAGUGGUCUUCAUCGUGGACCUCUGGCACCCCAAUGUGGCUGGGGCCGAGCGCCAGGCCCUGGACUAUGUGUUCGCACCAGACCCCUGAGUGCUGUCUUCCCCUGCGGACAUCUGAGCUGGAGACGCCGCACUGAGGGCCAGCCAGCGCGAUGGCCAGCGUGGGACCGGGGGGCUGGGGGAGGGCGGAGGCUGAGGGAGGUGGCGUGGGCACCGAAAUAGACCUUCUGGAUCCUC